GACCAGCGACGGACCCAAGGCUGACAGCAGCACAGGAGUAAAGCAGCCUUCCUGGCAGCGGAGGGGUUCUGGGGGCAAUGUCUCACUCCAGUUGUAGUGGCUCGGGGGUUCGGCUGCCACGGCCGUGGCCAGCUCAGGUUCAGCUCCUGCAGGAAACCAUGUUGCUGCUUGCGCUACUGCUCAUCGUGGGGCUCCCUCUGGUGGAGAGCAAUGGCACUGCCGUUAGUGAGCAACGUUGGACCUUUAAUGUGACGUGCCAUUCCUGUGCAGUCAUAAAUGAUUUCAAUUGUCCAACGAAAGUAACCUGCCCCUAUGAAAUUAGGCGCUGCCUGACAUUGUCUAUCCGCUUGAACUCUCGUGAAAUGCUGAUUAUCAAGAACUGUACAUACAACUGCUCAUUUGUAUAUCCGGUUCAACAGCCUGCACCAGCACCUAAAAAGAUUGUAACAAAUUCUUUCUAUUUCAUUCGAUGUUGUGGUAGCAUGACCUGCAAUGAAGGAGGCCCGACGAACCUGGAGAGGGACAUACUCCCUGAUAUACCCACUGAGGAGCCUCUGCUGGCCCACUCUAGCGAUGUGGAGGGCUCAGACACGUAA